GGUGCGUACGAUCCUGUCACCCAUGUUUACACUCCAUCAGAUGUGCAGAAAGUCAUUGAGUUUGCUCGUCUCCGUGGAAUUCGAGUAAUUCCAGAAUUCGAUUCACCAGGUCACACUCAGUCGUGGGGUCAUGGACAGCCGGGACUGCUGACUGCGUGUUACAAGCAGGGUAAACCGGACGGCUCGUACGGUCCCAUCAAUCCGGUCCCCGCUACCACGAACACGUUCCUCAGCCAGCUGUUCUCGGAGGUCGCCUCAGUCUUUACAGAUCAUUACAUCCACCUCGGAGGCGACGAAGUACCUUUCAGCUGCUGGAUGAGCAACCCACAGAUCACGGCCUUCAUGGCAAGCAAAAACUGGACCGACUAUGGCAAGCUAGAGCAAUAUUACAUGCAGAAUGUCCUUGACAUCGUUAAUAAAUUGAAGAAAGGCUACAUUAUAUGGCAAGAAGUCAUUGACAAUGGUGCCACAGUUCGACAAGACACUGUUGUGGAGGUAUGGAAAGGUGGUUGGCAAAAUGAGAUGGGGAAAGUCACGAAACUCGGAUACAAAACCCUCCUGGCUUCGUGCUGGUAUCUCAACUACAUAUCGUAUGGCCCUGAUUGGUCCCAGUACUACACCUGCGACCCACAAAACUUCACAGGUACCCCAGAACAGAAGCAGCAAGUGGUUGGCGGAGAAACGGCAAUGUGGGGGGAGUUUGUUGACGGCACUAACCUCCUAUCUCGUAUCUGGUAGGUAAUGGAAAACUAAGCAAUGAUAGGAUUAGUCCCCUACCGGUG